CAAUCAUGUAGACAAGUAUACUAUAACAAUACAGAAUACAGAUUGUGAACUGUCAAGGAGGUGGCUGAGGGCGGUGAUUACUACCAGACCAGUAUAUUAUUAUUAUUGUUUAUUAUUAUUAUUAUUAUACACGUAUGGAACGCGCCGCUCGUUUUUAAACCUUAAUUAUCAGUUUUUGUGUGUGCAACGUGCAGUGUGUUUCCGUUUGAACGCCGCGUUUACCGUGUUCGAUUUAUUCGUCAGCGCUCGUCGUUUUAUCGGCAUACUUACAUCGUGUAAUAUACAAAACAUAAAUAAAACUCUGAUGUUAUUGUUUGUUACGGAUAGUGGAUACCUAAAUUAUUAUUCAAGGCCUUCUCCGAUCCACACCGGACCAAGAUGGAGUUUCCCGAAGAAGAAGUACCCUUAACAAUUUGCACGUCUACCAAAGAAGAAGAUUACCUUUUGACAGGAUCCAAUAGAUUUUACGAAGAAGAAUUUGAUGAUGAAGUAUUUUUGGAAGACUCUCAAAGUAAUGAUAUGGAAUCAUUUCAAGUACCAUUUUCACGGACACGACGAAUGUCGGAUGUUAUAGACUGUGUUGGUGGUUCAUUGUCUAUCGCUCAUAUUAAUAGACACAGUUUCUCUUCAACGUCCAGUGAAUCUGUUUAUUCAGCCACUUCUAAGGCUACUAACAUUAGAGAUUUGAAUAUGUCUAGACAUAGUGAAGUCGUUACAGAAUCACUUGAUCUCGGUUACAGUAGUCCUGGAGCUCAUUCAUCUGGUAGAUCAUACAAAGAAACUUGGUUCAGAUUUAGAACUACCAGUAAUGAAGAAGAUUCAAUCGAUGCCCGUCCUACCUCUGCUAUUUUUCAAGAGCAAAUUUUCAAUCCUAACGAUAAUAAUAAAUUAAAUCCUGGUUGUAAAAAGUCUAGUGAAGUCACUAAAAUGCCUGUUUCUAAAGACUCUACUAGUUACAAUAUGGACCAUGAGUUUCGAGGCUUAGCGAUUAUCAUUAAUAAUGAUAUAUUUGAAGGGUCUGCCAAAAAUUUACCAGAUCGUAGUGGAUCAUGGAAAGAUGUUGAAGAACUGAAAAAAAUGUUUUAUCGCUUGGAUUUCCAAGUUUUAAUUUGGAAUAAUUUUCAUCUUGAAGAACUUGAGUACUGCAUUCAUAAAUUAUCUAACGGUGAUCACUCUGACAAUGAUUGUCUUGCUAUAGUCGUGUUGACCCAUGGAAUUAACUCUUCAUUUGUAUAUGCUAAAGAUAAUCCGUACCCAGUUGAGUUUUUGUGGAAUUCAUUUACAGCUGACAAAUGUCCUACUCUUGCUGGUAAACCUAAAAUUUUUUUUGUACAGGCAUGUCGCGGUGAAAAGCUUGAUUCUGGUGUAACACUGAGAAGAGAGUGCAAAACUGAAGUUGAUUCAUCCACUGCUGCUUAUAAGAUACCAAAACAUGCUGACUUCUUAAUUGCAUUUAGUACUUAUGAUGGUUAUUAUUCAUUUAGACAUCCAGAAAAUGGCACGUGGUUCAUUCAAAGCUUGUGCAUAGAAAUGAACAAAAAUAGUCUUAAUUCAAUUGACUUGUUAACAAUCAUGACUCGUGUAUCUAGAAGAGUUGCAUUAGAUAACGAGUCAUAUAAUCCAGAAUAUCCCUGGCUUCACCGUCAAAAACAAAUACCUACCAUUCAUUCAAUGCUUAUUAGAGAUGUGUUCUUCCAACCUAAGAAAAAGCCACCUCCUAAGCCUGAAAUUUUAUAAAUUUGGUUAAAACUAGAAUUUUGUGUAUAUGGAUACUUUUCAAGUAUAACUUAUAAAUCAAGACAAAAGAAAACUCAAAAUAUAUUAUAUAAAACAAUUAUUUAGUUAAGCAGUAAAAAAGACAAAAAUGAAUGUAUUGUUCAAUGACUAAUGUAGAGAAUUAAUAUGUAUGUAUUUCAUUACGUGCCAGAAAAAAAAGGAAGACUUAAAAAGGUAUGACUUCUUAAUUGUAUGCAAUUAUUGUAUGUAAUAGUAGUUUAAAAUUCUUUCGAGACUGAUUGAUUUUGUGUAAAUGGUAACUGUUAAAAGUUACUAGGUCAUAAAUAAUACAAAAAUAAUUAAGUGUAAAAAGUACAUUUUCCUUUUCCUAACAUGAAUACUAAAUAAACAUUUCAAUAUCUCAUUUUCAUUCUUUCUGUUUCUAUACAACUGAUUUUCAUUUUUGGUAAAUAGUAUUAAUGUUACAAAUAUGUAUGGUGCCAUACGCUAUCAAUAUUAUAAAAAAUUGUUUUUUAAGUUUCCCAAUAAUUCUAACCUAAAUCGAUUUACAAAAAAGGAUGGUUAAAGUGAUAUUAUUUUGUGCAUUCCAUUAGUUAUAACCUAGAUAUUUUUGCGAUAAUGAACUGUUGAAACUUUUUACCUAUUCAAAAAACAAAACAAAUCUUAAUUCGUAAGUCUAAUAUUUCAAACGUUUUAGUUAUAACUAUUAAGUUAGU